AUGGCCAAGAUUACGCACGGUCUCACAGGAAUUCGAAUGGACGAUUGCGUCGAUGAAUGGGAACUCUUGCGUCCAAAGGAAAAAUUUAUGAAUAUUUGGACGAGAUCUUCCGUGUAUCCUUUCUCUGAGAGGUUGCUCGUUUUUAUAUUCAUUCAAGGAAUAUUUGGUAUUUCUCUGUCCCGGCUUCUACAAUGGUUUUCUGGCAAAGAUUACCUCCCAACUAUGGUAUCUACUUACACCCGGAUCUUCAAUGACAGGGAAUGUCAUGUAGACUUUGUCUCGCUGCUUUUUUAUCAUUUGAAAAGGCGUCCGUUAACCAGUUUUGUCAACGAAUUCGUCGGGACCAUUGUUAAAAUCGAAAAAAAAUUCGGCAGUGAUUUGCUGGACCUUUCCGAGAUAGACAUUCCAUUAGACGACCUGAAUCGGUACGUGGAAUGCAAAGCAGACGCCCUUCUGGUGUCUCUUGGGUACAAGCAAUUGUACGGUACAUGUAACAAAGGGAUCGAUGAUCUUAUCCCUAUCGUCCCUGGGGAACUGAAAGCUGGUUUUUUUCUCGAGGAGAUGGCGCUGGCGUAUAUCCCCCCAACUAUGGAAGACGCUAUUUUAGACGGACAGUUCGGUAAUCAUCUCCUUGACCUUUCUUGA